CUUCCUGAGAAGCACGUUUUCUCACUGACAUCAACAGUGCUGCCAUCUUCACCGUCCGUUUGUAACACGCUGGCCUUGGUAUUACUCUGCUGCGUGCUUAAGAAAGACUUCAUAAGAUUCUGAUAUACGGACCUGUAGCCGCGAAGGUGUGCAGAUUUCCACGAGAUAUCCGUACGUGUUCUAUGGAAACAGCUCUGGGCAACAGGAUCGCGACAGAGAGUACGAUCAUGCCUUGCCACAACCAGCAGCUGAAGAGCGCGAGCCAACCUGACUCGGAGCACGCGUACAAACAGGUCCGCUUCGCGCACAACGCCGCGGAUGGAGAGGCGCGUGAUCGCGGCGUGGAUGGGGUGAACGGAGAGCCGUGUGAGUGGCAGCUGGGGCCGCAGGUGAAGCUCCUACCUCUGAAUGACCAAAUCCGAGAGCUGCAGACCAUCAUCAGAGACAAGGCAACCAGCAGGGGGGACUUUGUGUUUUGCGCAGAUCGACUGAUAAGACUUGUGGUUGAGGAGGGACUCAACCAGCUGCCAUAUUCAGAGUGCACAGUGACUACACCCACAGGGCACAAGUAUGACGGAGUUAAAUUCGAGAAGGGCAACUGUGGCGUCAGCAUCAUGAGGAGUGGGGAAGCCAUGGAACAGGGCCUGAGAGACUGCUGCAGGUCCAUCCGCAUCGGCAAGAUCCUCAUCCAGAGUGACGAGGAGACCCAAAAGGCCAAGGUGUAUUACGCCAAGUUCCCCCCUGAUAUCUACAGGAGGAAGGUGCUGCUCAUGUACCCCAUACUCAGUACUGGUAAUACAGUGAUUGAAGCAGCGCGGGUAUUGAUAGAGCACGGCCUCCAGCCAAAACACAUCAUCCUCCUCAGCCUGUUCUCCACCCCCCAUGGGGCCGCCUCCAUCGUCCAGGAGUUCCCGGACAUCACUAUACUGACUACAGAGGUGCACCCGGUGGCUCCGACCCACUUUGGACAGAAGUAUUUUGGGACAGACUAACUGUCCAUCAGUUAGGCUGCGCUACAGGAACUGCUGCCAGUGUGCUUUUCGGCAGCAUCCUCCCUUUUUGCUAAGAGCUGCAUGGUUAGUAUCUGCCUCGGCCACUUUACAUGCCUGAUCA